AAAACUUGCAACAAUUGAGUGCGUAUUGAACGGGCAGCAAGCCCCCAAGCUCGAAGCUUGAUGAUGCGCCAUUGAUCCAUAACCCAUCUUCUCCAAAUCCCGCGCCGUGAUCCUGCCACGAUGCAGAAAGUGUUCCGUCGCGUCGCCACGGCAGAACGACAGGCAGCGAAGCGCACGGCAGACCGACAGCGUGUCGCCAUCCUCCACGAAAAGUUAUCCAACAAAGGCUCCAAGGGCUACCAACGCCGCGCCGCAAGAGAAGACAUCAUAAAAGCAAAGAACGCCAUCAAAAAUGACUGGCAUCUUGGGCCACUGGCUCCCAACAACUUCAAGGGCGACUUGGCCGAUACUUACGGUGCCAUCUCCGAGACGAGAUACAAGCUGAAUGGAGCGCUGCGAGAAGAGGAUAGACAGGCCCGGUGCGCCUGGCUGGACGGUGCAACGCACUUGAACCUGGCCCAAGGUGACCGUGUGGUUCUGCUUGAGGGUCCCGACAAGGGAAAGAUCGGCCAAGUGAAGGAUAUACAUCCAGACACUUGCGACGUGGUCGUUGAGGGGCUGAACAGGAGCAACUUGAGGCUACCCACCGCGAUCCGCGGAAAAGAUAAGCCCCCAGCCAUCAACAUUGAGCUGCCCAUACCCAUCUCGGCCGUCCGUCUGGUACACCCGAUCCAAGAUCCCAAGACGGGCGAGACCCGCGAUGUUAUCAUCAACCAGCUGCGGCACGACGGUAUCUUCCAUGACCGGACCAGUGGAAUCACCAAGUGGCGUCGUGUAGUGCCAGGUCUGAAUCUGACGAUUCCAUGGCCCAAGACGGAGCCAAAGCAAUAUACCGACCACAAGGUGGACACGCUGCGCAUAGACGUCGAGGAGCGCACAUUCGUCCCCACCCUUUUGCAACCACCCAUACCGGAGCAGGUCAUCGACGAACUGCGCAACAAGUACUCAAGAUUCCGGACGCGCCACACGGAAGAGUACAUUGCCAAGAAGGAGGCCGAGUUGCAAGCAAAGAAGGACCGCGUCAAGCUGAUGGACAGUGUACGCACGCCGCUGCAGGAGUUCCACCGCGCUGAGCGCGAGCGCAAGAAGAAGAAGGGUAAGCCGAGACUGACGGUCGAGAUGCUCGAGGAGAUCGGCAAGGUCAUUGCCAAGAACCGCGAGAGGUCACUGAACACAGCGGGCGUUUCAGAGAUUUCCUCGGAAGGAGUAGCAGCAGAAUCUCUCCCGGCUGUAACAGAGUCAGUUUCGGCGGCCACCACAGCAACUCCAACACCAACACCAACGGCAUCAUAGAAUUGCAUAUGAGUGGCAUGAGUUGGCAACAAAAGAUGUGUAUUAUAUCUGUAUAUAAAAACAGGCACGCAUUGGGGCUGGCUAGAAGGUGGUGGGCCAGAGGCAAAAGCAUCAAUAUCAAAAUAUACCACAAU